AUGGGAGAAAGUGACGCCAUCUCCCGAAAAGCCGUGAGACACCACAUCACUGACGAGACCUAUGAGACUGAAGAUCCCUUCGGCCAGAUCUAUGGAAAGCUGACUCCACUGCAGCAGGAAAGCCUCGUGACCUCAGCCGACCACUAUCAACAAGAGGCAGAGGAGACCUUUGAAGUGCUCUUCAACACGUCGUCUCAGGUAGACUUGAUGGAAGUGUGUUGUCCUCCUGACAGUCGCUUGUCCCAGACAUUCCUGGACAACAACCGCAAGGCGAUCCGAGUUGGCCUGCCGGCCCAUGACCUGUCCAACUCCAAGGACACUGAGGAGAUCAUCGCCAUGAUUCAUGAUUUGAGACCCAAGAUGAUGUGGAUCUCUCUUCCUUGCGGACCUUACUCUCCUAUUCAGCACAUCUUCAACCAGGCAACUCCUGAGCAAGAAGCAGCACUGCUUUUGAGGAAGAAGAGAUCUCGGAAGCUCAUUCGCAAUGCCCUUCGCCUGGUGAAGACACAGCUUGAAGAAGGAAGACAUGUAUGUUGGGAAUGGCCUCAAAACAACGGUGGCUGGCGACUUCCCGAGCUCAAGGUCCUCUAUGAUCUGAUGAGCCAGUUCAAGGAGACGCACCAUGCCCACAUCCAUGGCUGCGCCUUCGGCGUGAAGAAUGCAGUGGGUAUGCCUUUGAAGAAACCAUGGAAGGUGGUUUGCACUUCACCCUCUAUGGCAGCUGCGCUGACUCGCCGAUGUCCUGGAAACCACGAGCAUGCCGAAUGCAUUGGUGGGCAAGAUGCUCGAAACUCAGGCUUCUAUCCAGAAGCCAUGUGCCGGACUAUCUUUCGCACGGUCCAGUCUAUGAACCACUCUCUGGAUGGUGGAGCCUUUGCCGAGUCCUUUCCCAUCUUCGAUGACACCCUGAUGGAGGAUGAGAAGGAGCUCAACUUAGAGAAACCUUUGAGCGACAGUGAACGAAAGAUGGCCAUGCAGACUUUGGCCAAGCUACACCGACGCACCGGGCAUCCCUCCAAUCAUGCCCUAUCUGGUUGCCUCAAACAUCGUGGAGCUCACCAUGAGGUGAUUGAGAUGGCAAAGAAAUAUCAAUGUCCAGAAUGUCAAGAGCUUCGGCUAGCUGAGUUGAACCCUUCUGGAGCUCUUCAGCGGCAUGGCACCAGGCACUCCCAGAGCACCACAACAGCAACCAGCGACUCCGACAGCACCCCAGAGAUCCAGAACCCCGGGAAGAGGGUUAGCCUGUCCAGAUUGGCACGAGAUCCAAGAUACACACCCGAGCCAGUGCCAAAACCCAGAACUGUUCCAGAACUCUUUGAGCAGCCUAUCUUCAAGAAGCAGCGACGCCUGCACCAAGGCGAAGAUGAGGCGAUGAUGGUCAGUGACACUAUGACCACGCCCAUGGAGGAUUUGGCUGACUACGCCUGCGUUCUCUACCUGGACUUGCCAAGCAAAGCCAAUGAGUGGAGAAAGAUGCGACGAACGCCCAUCAACUACUUCGUGAAGAAGGUGCGUGGAGCAGAAAUCCAAUGGCACAAACUUGAUCCCACCGAGAAGAAGAAAUUCAUGGAGGCAAAACACUUGGAGGUGCAGCAAUGGCUCACCGCCUCAGCCGUGAAGCGCAUCACAGGCGACUAUCCCAAAGAUCGCCUAGUGAGAAUGCGGUGGGUGUUGACCUACAAAGAGAAUGGAGCAGCCAAAGGCAGAAUAGUGCUGAUCGGGUUUGAAGACCCCGAUCUAGGCUCAAUUCAGAGCUCAGCCAUUGAGCAGAUCACCUACACCACCAAGAAUGAGCAUGAGCCUUUGACAAAAGACGAGAUGUCUCAGCUUCGGGGAGCACUCGGUGCACUUCAAUGGCGGGCGCAACAGACCGCGCCUCACCUGAUGGCCCGACUGGGUCAGCUGCAGAGCUCCAUCACCAAAGCCAACAUUGAGACCAUCAAGGCCACCAACAAGCUGAUUCGUGAGAACUUCCAGCAUCGCUACUUGUCGGCACGAAUUAAUCAGCUGGGUGUGGAGGAUCCCCGAUCGGUUCACUUCGUGGCAUGGAGCGACGCAGCUCUCGCAAAUCGCAUCGACCUCAGCUCUACUGGAGGAUUCCUCAUAGCAGCUACUUCAGAGAAGAUGUUGCUUGGUGAGCGUGCUCCUUUGACGCUAGUCUCUUGGCGUUCAAGCCGCUUAGCUCGAAAAGCCAGAAGCAGCUUGGCAGCAGAGACCCAGGCUAUGAGCGAGGCAGAUCAAGAGCUCCUUUUUGUGCGACUAGCCUGGGCAGAGUUUUGUGCUUUUGAAGUUGAUUUGAAAGCCAGCGAGAAGGCAAUCUCGCAAAUCCCCGGAACAGUUGGCACAGAUGCAAAGGCACUUUUUGACAUUUUGUUGAAGAGUGAUCUCAAUUCGGCCGCGGCAGGGUUGCGUGAUAAAUAUUCCGCAUUGGAGGUGCUUUGCCUGCUUGAAUCCUUGGCAAAGCUAGGAACCAAGGCUCGCUGGGUGCAUAGCGACCAACAGCUUGCCGACCAUUUGACCAAACCCCUUCCGGCCGGAACACUCCAUAAGGUCCUCAGUGAAGGCGCAUGGACGUUGGUGUUCGACCCAACCUUUACAAGCGCCAAGAAGGUAAAGGCGGCCAUGCGGAACAACUCGAGCCAAAAGUUUGGGGGCAUGGGACCCUUUUGCCGAAUCUCCUUUGCAAGCCAUGUGUGCUUGACUACGCUACGGCGCUUGAAGGAAAAGCUGGCUUGGUGCGCAGCUUUGUCAGAGGUUUCGACGCGGAUUGACUUCGCCUCACUGGAAGCAUCUGGCGUGGGGAAGUUUGUGGUGGUCGGGGGCGAUCUCGGCUUCUCCGUGGGCCUGUUCACUGGUCUGGCGGUGCUGUGUAUCAUUGCCCUCAUCGCGAGGCGGAUGCUCUUCGGGGGCGAGCUCGGAGGUCCUCAGAAGCCGAAGCUGCUCACCGCAGCCUUUAUGGUGCUCCUCUGGCUCAUCUAUGUGAUCGUUUCGGCGGUUAACAUUAUCAGCAACAAGGGCCCCUGCGACUAA